GUGUGGCAUUCCAAUCUCCUCUUUUGCUCGUCGCGCCCUGUUCUUAGGGUUUGGGGUUUAGGGCGAGGCGAUCGUGCGCGCAGGCGCGAAUGCGAGGGCGGCAGCGCGCGUGGGGAGCAAUUCUUCGCGAAAUCCUUCUGGCUUUCAGGUCCCAGCAGAUCCAAUGCUACUGCUAUCCCCGCUCCUGCUUCAUGCAUGUGUUUGACAAUGCCAAGUAGAGCGUCCGCUGGAACAGGAAGUAGUCAUGGAUCUGAGUCUCGGUCGUCUCAUCUGGACAAGCAUGUGCACUUGACAAAUUGUAUUCAUCUGAGAAAUCGGUUUCAUGUGCAGAGGCACAAGAUGACGGUGGAAGCAAGACACCACCUGAGUGCCGGUGGAGUAGCAGCAGCGGGCCUCCCUCUGAUGAGGGAACUUACAGCUCUCAGCCGAACCCGUUCGCUCAGGGACCCUUCUACCAGCUCCAUCCUUAAGUCGCCGCUGAUGAAAGGCUCCAGUCCAGGGGCACGGAAGCUGGAGCAGGCCUUGCGAGGUAAAGAUAAGAGUACAGUAGCUACUGACCAGCAGCAGGAGCACAGGAAUGACUCACAGACAGGAAGUAGUAAUUUUGAGGCUAACAGGGGUGGAGAGUCUUACAAGUCGGCAGCGGUGUCCGAAGAUCAAGACCCCUUGACCAAAGUUACAAAGCGAAACAGGAAAGUUCACCAGGAUAGGUCCUCACUUGGCAGCCAUGGAAGUGGAAGCCUCUCUAGGAAGAUUGUUACUCAACUCCAGCAGCAGCAGCAGACUUUAGCUACGAAUGUACAGGGACAGAGCCCUUCUCCUCUGUCUCUGGGUGUCUACGACGAUCCCAGCAUUCUCCUCAAGUUCGCUGCUGGUCCUGCUGCUCCGAGAAGAAAAAGCAAGAAUAACUCUUUUGAGAGUGAUCCGGAAGCAUCGGCCGAGGAUGAGGUAGAGGAGAAGCAACAGGUCCAGAAAGUAAACGCAAGGUCCCGGUCACAUUCUCCGUUGCUGUCGUCCAGAGAUAUUUCCAACAAAAGCAGGUCUCCAGUUGUCUCACGAGAAAUUGCUAACACGAGAGCCUUCAGCUUCCCAGAUCCCGGUCAACAGCACUACCACUAUACAGGAACCAACGAAGAUGAGUUGGAGUGCUCGCAAGAACCAAAGCACGGGUGUGGGAUACCGUGGAACUGGUCCCGUCUGGGCCAGAAACCGAAGGGAAAAGGUUUCCUCGACAGCACGGGUAAAAUGCUUCGUCCGGAAGUUUUAGCAAGGAGGAAGGCUGGAGAGCAUACUCUCUCAAGAAGCCAGUCCGAGUCAGGCCGGGAACUCGCUACGGCUAUGUUCCAGCAGGACUGUCUAUCGUAUUCUUCUGCCGGAAACUCGGACGCUGAGGCUCUUCCACUUUUGACAGAACCAGAGGCAUCCGUAAGUGGUGACGUCGCUGCUUCGUCAGUAGAAGUUGACAGCGACAAUGUCGUAGCGGCGAGAGGAGAAUUAAACCCGAGGGGUAUUUUAGCACCGAAAGGGAGGUCUCAAGUUACGACGGAAGCUCUCCAGGCAAGGUUGCGAGAACGGCUGGCCUGGAUAUCCGAGCGAAGGGUGGUAGAAGGUGGUGGCAGUGAUUUUAGGCAGAACAAAAGCUUAAGCUACAAGUACCGGCCAAAGACGUUUCGAGACAUGGUUGGCCAGAACGUGGUGAUGCAGUCGCUCGCAAAUGCGGUUCUUAGAGGACGCAUCGUUUCGCUCUAUCUGUUUCAAGGUCCGCGGGGCACAGGCAAGAGCUCCGCAGCUCGGGUUUUCGCUGCUGCUUUGAACUGCCUUUCCUCCGAGGAGCUCAGACCGUGUGGCCUGUGCCGGGAGUGCGUUGCGCUGAACCUUGGCAAGAGCUUGGACGUUCGAGAAUUCGACGCCUCGAGAUUCAACGGCCUAGGCAGCGUGAAGGAGCUCUUGGAAGUUGCGAUUCUACCUCCCUCCUCUGGUCGAUACAGGCUUUCGGUCGUGGACGAAGUUCACACUCUGACUGCCGAGUCGUGGAAUUUCUUCCUGAAAGGCAUGGAAGAGCUUCCGGGGAACUCGAUCGUGAUUUUGAUAACGAGCAACCCAGAGCAGCUACCACGGACGCUGGGUUCAAGGUGCCAAAAGUAUCCGUUUACCAAGCUCAAGGACCCGGACAUUAUCAGCAGGCUGCAGAAGCUGGCGACGAAAGAAAACAUCGACAUCGAGAUAGAAGCUCUUGAACUCAUUGCGUCGAGGUCGAAUGGAUCACUCAGGGACGCGGAAAUGACCCUCGACCAGCUUGGCCUUUUGGGACAAGUAGUGACACUGUCUACAUUGCAAGAACUUGUUGGGCUCCUUCCCGAUGACAAGCUGAUGGAUUUGCUGGAUUUUGCUCUUUCCGGAGAUACCGUGAGCACCGUAAAAAGUGUGAGAAAUCUGCUGGAAUCUGGUGUCGAGCCUCUCGCUCUCAUGUCGCAACUAGCUACUCUUAUCACGGACAUGCUUGCGGGGAGCUACAAACCGGUUUUAACUCAACGAAAGAGGCGUUUUUUUCACAAAAUUACGUUGAGCAAAGAAGACUUGGAGAGGCUACGACAGGCUUUAAAAAUACUUUCUGAAGCGGAGAAGCAAGUCCGGGCUUCAAGCGAUCAAACUACCUGGCUAACAGCUGCUAUUCUUCAGUUCGCACCAGACCGAGCAUAUAUAUUUCCAGCAAGUUCUAGCGGCUCGAGUGCGACUCAGAGUCUCGUUGGCAACGACACAAGCGAGAAAGAAACCAUCGAAUCAGAUUCAGGAGCACUCAAGCAAGGGUGGGAACCGGAACACGAGCACUUUGAAAAUCCGGUGGAUGACACUGCGGUAUUUGCAAAACCGGAGGUACCUUGGGCCAACAAGAGCUUGUCCACUGUGCCGGAAGCAAGGAUACACCCAUACGUUCAAACGGCGUCCACCAACGACGGACACGACACUUGUGCUUUUGAUCAAAAAAGACUGGACGACGUCUGGCAAAAAGCACUGAAGAACAGCCGGUCCAAAUCCUUGAAGCAUUUGCUUCGUCACGGAAAAUUGAUAUCCUUAUCGAUGCAAGAAGUGCAAGCUACGGUUGAAAUCGAGUUCCAGCAUUCCAAACAGAAGGCCAAGGCUGAAAAGUCAAGAUCACGUAUAAGCCAUGCGUUUCAGUCGUCACUGGGUUGUCCCGUGGAGGUUCAAAUCAAACUGGCGUCAAAGCUACUCGAGCACGAUAAGAAACGCGUUUCACUGCAUCCACUUCGCGGUGACCAUCUCCACCGAAAGCCCGGUUUCGGUGUCAAGCGAGACGGAGAAACGUCACCAAGUCAACACUCUCAGCAGCGUCCUCAGGGAAUCGAAGAAGAGCGCCUGGAAACUGCCUGGGCUCGACAGAGCACACCAUCGAUAACUCCCUCGGAUCCUUCAUACUACUCGGCAGGGAAAGAAUGGAGCUCGGCUCCACCCGGUAGAGCUCCACUGGGCUUGGUGAUCCAGCGACAGGGACCGACGCUAGCCAAUCUCUCGGAGCGAGAAAGCCACAGCCAGGCCUCGCAGUACGAUCUCAAGUUCCAGAAAGUGAGGCACCUUGGUCCGGAAGUUUUAACUCCAAGAGAAGCAGGCUUCGAGCACGCCAACCUGAGGCUGGAAUCCCGCACAAAGUCCAACCGGCGGCUACUGUGCUGCUGGCGAUCGUCGCCAAGGUCAGACGAGGAAAAGCGACGCAGGAAAGAAGAGAAGAAGGCAGCGAAACAAAGACGACGAAGGCGGCGGCGCGCGUGUUUCUUCAUGAGAAUCGUCCCGUGCGCUGGGAGCCACGGCUGCAAGUCACUCUGCGCCUUCACACGCCAGCACGCCGCGUGAGCGCCACGUCACCGCACGUCCGCCACGUCACAGGGGAAUCUGCCAUGUCGGCCCGUCCGUACGGGAGGGGGAGCAGCCCGUACGAUCCUCCGAGAUACUAUAGCUAGCAAAGUAGUUGUUUUUAAUUCUUUCCUUGUGCCAAGCCAAACAAAACAUGGUCGCAUUCGUGCUGCGCCAUCACAUCGCACUCAAAGUCGAAA